CGUGUCUUGUUGACGUUGUAUCACUGUCAAAAAACUUAAAAAUCGAAUUGUGCACAAAUUCAGCGAAACAUUACUGAAAUACUGCAAAUAUGGAUUUUUUCACUUCAAUACCAACUCAUAUUGACUACGUUGGUCAAGCCAAAGCCGAAAAGUUAUAUAAGGCUAUAAUUACACUGUUCAGUAUCGUAGGUUUCGUUUGGGGAUACAUCGUUCAGCAAUUUUCGCAAUCGGUCUACAUUUUGGGAGCAGGAUUUAUAUUGGCUGCUGUUUUGACUGUCCCGCCUUGGCCCAUGUAUAGAAGAAACCCACUAAACUGGCAGAACCCUAAGAAUAAUGAUGAGAAACCAACUGGCAAAAAAGGAAAAAAGUGAUCUAGAAACUGCAUUUAGAUUAUUGUAAUAUGGUAUGCUUGUAUCUGAAAUAAAAUAGU